AUUAUUAUUUUGGAGUUAUCGCUCCAUCAAAAUUCGGCGCGGGUACUGCCAUUCUGAGUUUAAAAUUUAGUGUUGUAACUCAUAAGACUACAUCAUUGGAGUGUACCAAAUUAACUAAUUAAUUGGUAAUUACGAAUAUCAGCUCAAAUGUAGACCAUCAGUGGAGAUAAGAGUAACAGAAUUGUGUACUGAUUCACACAAGAAAAAUAUCAUCAGUUGCCAACAUCGCUAAUCUAUUAAGCGCAUGAUGGAUGUUGAAGACGUUUUAAACGAUGUCGUCUCAAUGGAUGACCUUAAGAAAUUUGAAAAUGAAUAUCAUAAACAACUUGCAACGGGAACUGUUUCUCAGGAAACAAAAUUUCAUUAUGCUUGGUGUUUAGUGAGAAGUAAUUAUCCGGCAGAUAUCAGGAAAGGGCUCAUAUUAAUGGAACAGUUGAUCAAACACGAAGCAAAUGAUGAUGAUGCCAAACGGAAUUACCUUUAUUAUUUAGCAUUGGGAAAUUCAAGAAUUAAAGAAUACAGUACAGCUUUACAAUUUAUAAAAGCCUUUUUACACAUGCAGCCUGAAAAUAUGCAAGCACAGAACUUAUUGAAUACUAUUCAAAAGAAAAUGGAAGCUGAUGCACAUAAAGGAAUGGCAGUUGCUGGAGGCUUGGCAUUAGGAAUUAGUGCUAUUGUUGGAAUUGGAUUUGCAUUGGCAAAAAGCAUGAAAAAGUAAUCAUUCCAUCAAGUUAAGUCAUCUGCUUACUAUUCCUGUGUAUAUUUCAAAGUGUUUUAAUUGAUUUAAGUUUAAGAUUAUUACCUGAUUAUAUGUCAAAGUAUAAUAUGAACUUAAGGCAAAAGAAAUAUAAACAAUUGUUAUGUAGAUUUUUUUUUUUUUAAGCCGUGAGUUUUUGUAAUUUACAAAUA